GGAAGUGUGUUGAUGGAAAUCAGGUGUGCGAUGGUCGAUCUGACUGCUUUGAUGGCUCUGAUGAGAUGGCUUGUUACUUGUCAGCCAGAACCUUAAAUAAAGUGCCACUGAAGUGUCGUGUGGGCUCUAAACCCUGUAAUGAUGGGCGUCAGUGUGUCCUGCAUGAUCAUGUGUGUGAUGGAGAGAAGGAUUGUAAGGAUGGGUCGGAUGAGCGGGGCUGUCCAAACCGCUGUAAAGCAGAUCAGUUCCGCUGUGCUCAUGGGAGGAUGUGUAUCGACAAAAAGCAGGUGUGUGACGGCACCCCUCAGUGUCAGGACCGCUCUGAUGAACUGAACUGUUUCACUCGAUCACACGACUGCAGACAUCAGUGUGAUAAUAAAACUCGCUGCAUCCCAGAGAGCUUCCUCUGUGAUGGAGAGAGAGACUGUGUAGAUGCCACUGAUGAAGCUAACUGCUCUGAAAUUAAAGGUGAAGAAGAUAAAUCGGUGACGCCAAACAAAGACACUUCAGGUUUGCAGCCUCCACCUCCCGUCUGUAGAAGUCCCUCCAGGCUGUGUCCUGUAACAUCACUCUGCAUUACCCAGACUCAGAUCUGUGAUGGGAGAAUCGAUUGUCCUGAUGGUUCUGAUGAAGUUUCAUGCAUAGAUGUUUGUUCAAAACCUGGUCAUUUCCUGUGUAAGGACAGAAGAAAGUGUAUUGAAGGGAAUCUGGUGUGUGAUGGUCACUCCGACUGCCUUGAUGACUCUGAUGAGCUGGAUUGUUCCAUACCAGCUAAAACUACAACCAGACCAGCACUUGCAUGUCGUGUGGGCUCUAAACCUUGUAAAGAUGGGCGUGGAUGUGUCCCACAGAGUCAUUUGUGUGAUGGAGAUGAGGACUGUAAGGAUGGAUCUGACGAAGAGGACUGUGGUCAUCAAUGCCAAGAAGGCCAGUUCCAGUGUGUUUCUGGGGGGAGAUGUAUCAAAAUGAAUCAGGUGUGUGAUGGGACUCCUCAGUGUCUGGAUAAUUCUGAUGAAGCAGGAUGCAGGAAACCCUCUAGGAGCUGCAGCUUACGCUGUGACUGGGACCAUCACUGUGUUCCUGAAGCCUUUAUCUGCAAUGGGAUUAGAGACUGUCGAGAUGGCACAGAUGAAGAUAAUUGUGCUGCAUCCAGACCAGAUCAGACAAGCUGUGAGAGUCCCUCUGUCCUGUGUCCGGAUAUGUCAGUGUGUGUGUCCCAGGCUCAGCUAUGUGAUGGCAGAAGAGACUGUCCUGAUGGGUCUGAUGAAGCUUCUUGUUUAGAUGCAUGUGCUGUUCCAGGUGACUUUCUGUGUGAGGACCGGAGGAAGUGUAUUGCGGAAGCUCUUGUUUGUGAUGGCCAAUCUCACUGCUUUGAUGGUUCUGAUGAGGUUGGAUGUAAAACCAAAAUGACUCCCUUCAAGUGUCGUGUGGGCUCUAAACCCUGUAAAAAUGGACGCGAGUGUGUCCGGUACAAUCAUCUAUGUGAUGGAGACAGAGACUGUAGAGAUGGAUCUGAUGAAGAAGAUUGUGAACUUCAGUGCGAUCCUGGCAUGUUUCAGUGUAUUCAGGGAAAGAAGUGUAUUGAUUUUCGGCAAGUGUGUGAUGGGACUCCUCAGUGUCCGGAUCACUCUGAUGAAGCCAACUGCUGGAAACCCACCAAGACCUGCAGUAUUCGAUGCGAUGGGAACACCCGCUGUAUUCCAGAAGUGUUUGUCUGUAAUGGUAUGAGAGACUGCUGGGAUGGUGCAGAUGAGGCUGACUGUGCCAUGCCCACUCCUCCAUCACCCUGCAAAAGCCCUUACGUGGCCUGUCAAGGGACAUCACUUUGCAUCCUGAAGCAAUAUCUGUGUGAUGGGAGAAAAGACUGUCCUGAUGGCUCUGAUGAGAGACCUUGCCUUCGCAACUGCCCAUAUCGCAGUGACUUCAUGUGUAAAGACAGGACAAAGUGCAUUGACAGAAAGCAAGUGUGUGAUGGUCGCUUUCACUGCAUUGACCAUUCGGAUGAGAUUGGAUGUGCCACCACAGCACCUACAACCACAACUAAAGCAUCACUGAGGUGUCGUGUGGGCUCUAAACCCUGUAGGGACGGACGUGAGUGUGUCCUGCACAGUCACGUGUGUGAUGGGGAGUCAGACUGUAAAGAUGGAUCAGAUGAAAUUGACUGUGAUUUUAAUUGUGAAGCAGGACAAUUUCAAUGUGCCCAUGGAAGAAAGUGCAUUGAUGCCAAGCUUGUGUGUGAUGGCAAACCACAAUGCCAAGAUUUCUCUGACGAAAAGGACUGCUUCACUCGCAGCAAAAGCUGCAGCCAUCGCUGUGACAAUAAAACCCGCUGCAUCCCAGAAAACUUCCUCUGCGAUGGAGAGACAGACUGUGUGGAUGGCACUGAUGAAUCUGACUGUGGCUACCCCACGAAGGUGGUAAAAUGUGAAAGUCCUUCUGUGCUGUGUCGUGACGGGUUGCUCUGCGUCCCUCCCACUAGUCUCUGUGAUGGCAAGAAAGACUGUCCUGAUGGAUAUGAUGAAACCUUUUGUUUUGACAGAUGUCCAAACUCGGGUGACUUCUUGUGUAAGGACAGGAGGAAGUGUGUAGAUAAAGAUUUGGUGUGCGAUGGCCGCUCUCACUGCACUGAUGGAUCAGAUGAGCAUGGAUGUCCCACUAAGGCUGCUGAAAACUCAAACUCUGGACCACUGAAGUGUCGCGUAGGCUCUAAACCCUGUAAUGAUGGACGUCAGUGUGUCCUCCACACUCAUGUGUGUGAUGGAGAGAAGGAUUGUGAUGAUGGAUCUGAUGAGCAGGGCUGUCCAAACCGCUGUAAAGCAGAUCAGUUCCGCUGUGCUCAUGGGAGGAUGUGCAUAGACAAAAAGCAGGUGUGUGACGGCACCCCUCAGUGUCAGGACCGCUCUGAUGAACUGAACUGUUUCACUCGAUCACACGACUGCAAACAUCAGUGUGAUAAUAAAACUCGCUGCAUCCCAGAGAGCUUCCUCUGUGACGGAGAGAAAGACUGUGUAGAUGCCACUGAUGAAGCUAACUGCCCUUCAAUCCCUGACGCAUCCAAUGCAGACCCUUUAAAAACAUUAGGCUGCAGAAGCCCGUCUAUGUUUUGCAAAGAAACAUCAAAGUGCAUGCCAGAAUCUCAGCUCUGUGAUGGAAAGGUGGACUGUCCCAGUGGAGCCGAUGAGCAGUUCUGCAUAUAUUCAUGUUCAGAUCCAGACCAUUUUCUGUGCAAGGACAAGCGGAAGUGUGUCCACAAAGCUGUUGUGUGUGAUGGUUACUCACACUGUGCUGAUGGUUCUGAUGAGUAUCAGUGCCCGACUUGUGCUUUGCAGUGCGACCAAAAGACUGUUUGUCUGACUAAACAGCAGCGCUGUGAUGGAAAACCCGACUGUAGAGAUGGUUCAGAUGAGAAGGAUUGUUACACUGGUGGUGUGAUUGCAAGUACUUCGUUACCUCUGAGAUGUCCUCUGGGGUCCAAACCUUGCAUGGAUGGCAAAGAGUGUGUUCUGCUGGACCAUCUGUGUGAUGGAGAGAAAGACUGCAAAGAUGGAUCCGAUGAGAGGACCUGUGAGCGUAAAUGUAAAAAAGGCCAGUUCCAGUGUUCGCAUGGCAGAAAGUGCAUAGACAUGAAGUUUGUAUGUGACGGCACACCUCAGUGCCAGGACCGAUCAGAUGAAGCCAACUGCAUGAAGCUCUCAGAUGAGUGUAGACACCAGUGUGACAAUAAAACCCGCUGCGUUCCUGAAACGUUCCUCUGUGACGGGGAAAAAGACUGCGUGGAUGGCACCGACGAAGCCAACUGCGUUGUAGAGCCUUGUUCGGGUGAUCGUUUCCAGUGCAGUAAUGGUCAGUGUGUUGCUCUGAGUCUCCGCUGUGAUGGGUAUGCAGACUGUCGUGAUCACACAGAUGAGAAGGGGUGUCCUCAGCCUCCACACUGUCCUCUGGAUCAUCGCUGCCCUCACACUCAUGAGUGUCUGCUGAAAGAGUGGCUCUGUGAUGGAGACAAGGACUGCAGCGACGGCUCUGAUGAGAGGAACUGCAAAGCGACUCCGCUGAAGUGUGGUGAGUUCCAGUGGUCGUGUGCAUCUAGAACUCAAUGCAUCGCAAAGACCUGGAGGUGUGAUGGCAUGAAAGACUGCCAGGAUGAGAGCGAUGAAUCUGGAUGUGGUCAAACGAAAUGCCCAACGCACUUGUUCCAGUGUGGAAGUGGGGAGUGUAUGGACCCAGAUUUGGUGUGCAACAAGGCGUCAGACUGUGCGGACGGGUCUGAUGAGGGCGUGGGGUGUCUGAAGAACAACUGCUCCAGUCCUGGAAGCCCAUCAUGCCAACACUACUGCAUUAACACUCCACAUGGAGCAGUAAAACAUCUUUUUAAGUUUUAUAUUAGCCAACUACAUGUUCAAAAAUGUUGUCUGUGUUUUCAGAGAUGCGGCUGUAAGACUGGCUUCAAGCUUCACUCUGACGGGUUAUCCUGCGUUGACAUAGAUGAGUGUAAAGAGAUUCAGCCAGCUGCCUGCAGUCAUAAAUGCUUUAACAGACUGGGCUCCUACAUCUGUCAGUGCCACCCUGAAUUUUUACUGGAGCCUGAUGGUCACAGCUGCAAAACUGCUGAUGAGCCCAGUCUUUUAGUCUCUGAACAGGAUGAGCUGUUGAAUAUGGGUCUGCGAAGCUUCAGUAUUCAGACUCUUACUGCUCCUGGACGGAAACCCAUCUUUUCUCUGGACUAUGAUCUGAGGGAGAGAAGGGUUUACUGGGCCAGUCUGGAGGAUGAGAGCAUCAAAUAUGCCUUCCACGGAGAAAAGGACAAUACUGGAACUAUUGUCAAAGGUGUGAAGUCAGACUGCAUUGCCAUUGACUGGAUGGGAAGGAAUCUUUACUGGGUGGAUGGAGUUGCUGGGCAGAUUCUAGCUGUGAGACUGACCAACAGUGUUGUACAUCCACAAAACUAUGUUGUAGUUCUGGAUGAGGAUCUGAAGCAGCCAAACUCACUUGUGCUGUUGCCUCAGAAAGGGAUCAUGUUGUGGUCACAGGUUGGAGGUCAAGCACAGAUCGGACGCUCCAGCAUGGACGGAUCAGACAGGAGAGCAGUGAUCAGACGUGGACUCAACUGGCCUGUCAGUGUGACGGUGGACAUUCUGACUGACAGACUCUACUGGACAGACAAGAAGCUCGGGUGUAUUGGCUCAGCCACACUGGAUGGAGAAAACAUAAGGUUUCUCCAGCUGUCUCAUAUGCCUAGUCCGUUAUCCAUGGCUGUGUUUAAUGACAUGAUCUACUGGUCUGACACUCAGAGAAGAUCUGUUCAAGGAGCCAAUAAACUGACUGGCAAGAACCGCAAAGUUUUUCUCAAAAGACCUGGACAGCCAUUUGCCCUUAAAGUUGUCCACCCUCUUCAGCAGCCCAAUGUCCCGAACCCCUGUCAAAGUCUCCACUGUUCUCACGUGUGUCUGCUGGCUCCAGGACUCAAAGCGGUGUGUCGCUGUCCCACCAGAGCUCCUCUGGCUGCGGACGGAUUGACUUGUGGUUCGACUUUGGAUGAUUCCUCCUCUUACCUUAUGUUACUGUCUCUCACCACGAUCACACAGAUCUUUACUAAGAGCAUGCAGUCUGAAGUUGGGCUGAAGCAGUGGCCCAAUCACCGAUCUUUGCCUCUGCUUGGUGUUUCUGAAGCCUCUGAUUUCGACAUGCUUCUCCAGGACCGAAGUAUCACUCUAGCAGACGCCUCUGUGGGCUCUGUCUCUCAGCUUGGCCUGCGCAGCUCUGGCUUCUCUCCAAUCGGACUCGUCCUCCAACUGAAGGGGGACAUCCUGUCUGCUCUGGCUCUGGACUGGGUCACCAAAAACCUCUACUGGAGCAGCAUGAAGAGGCCGGAGCUGUUUGUUACAUCUCCUGGAGGGAAGCUCACAGCAGUGGUUCUGCAGGCUGAGCUUGCAGGCACCGUCUCUAUUGCUCUGCACCCCCCUUCAGGUCGGAUGUGUUUCACUGCUGUGGGACGCAGGGGUGCUGAUAUGCUGCCCCAAGUGGACUGCGCUCACAUGGACGGGGCAAACCGAACCCGGCUCUGGAGUAAAGCAAAAAUGCCAGUGUCACUAGCCUUGUCGGAGAAGGGGAACACGUUGUAUUGGGCUGAUAUUGGGAGUGAUUUGAUUUGCUCUGUUAACAUCGAUGGCUCUAAUUAUAAGGAGUUCAGCACCGGUUCUGAAUUUAUGGUGUCUUUUGCUCGUAUUGACAACAUCUACUUCUGGAUCACACUGGACAACGGUACUUCUCAACUCUGGUACUCCGAUGGUUUACAGCCCAAGCAGAUGUGGUUUGAGGUGAAGACGAGUGUUAUUGAGCUGAAGGCUUACAGCAGGUCCAGUCAGAAAGGAUUUAAUGCAUGCUCCAUGAGCAACGGGGGUUGCAGUCAUCUUUGUUUGCCAAAUCCUGGUGGUCGCACAUGUCGCUGCGCUCAGGACUAUCUAUCGGUGAACAACACCAAAUGUGUGUCCAGCCUCAAGUGUCCCGUGGGUUUAAAAGCCUGUAGAGAUAGGCUCAAGUGUAUCCCUGUGGCAAAAUUCUGUGAUCAGGUCCCAGACUGCCAGGAUGCGUCCGAUGAGGAGUGUGACCGUGUGAAAACCAAACCAGGGGUGAAAUCCAAAUCUGGGCCUGGCUCUCUCGACUCUGCUGUUGAACUUUCUCCAUCUUCAGAAAAUGGUGUUGUGGUGGAGAAUGUGGGCAGUGUGUCAUGUGCUGCCGAGCAAUGCAGUGCUCAUGGGAAGUGUGUAAGUGUGAACGGUGUGCUGGCGUGUGAAUGUGACAAAGGCUUCAGCGGAGAUAACUGUCAGAACACCAAAUCCAGCGGCACCGCUAUCGCUCUCACACUCAUGUUUCUCUUCGGAGGAGCUCUAAUGGUCGCCAUCUUCCUCAUGAGAAGAAGGGCACGAGCAGCAAGGGAAGAGUCGACUGAAAAAGAGAAUCUAGUGACUGACGUGAAAGAGCACUUGACCUUCUCAGCUCAGAACUUUGCUAAUGAGCUGUAUGAUCCAGAAGAGGUUCCUAUUUCUUCAAUCAUCACCACUCCUGUUGUCAGUUAAAACAUUUAUAUAAUUUUUAAUUUUCAAUAAAAAAUAAAUAUUAAUUGCAAGA